CAGAGAUGGCAAGUUUUUUUUAAAUGUACGUAACUACUGAAUUUAAACGGCUGUGUCCAGGGCCUUAGGAGUUUCAGCCAAUUUCUCACGUAAAUUAACAUGACACUGGACGUUAUUGAAAAUAAUGAAUACAUUUGCACCAGGGAUGGAGAGGUAAAUGACCGCAAUGCUCUGUCUGUAUUUGUAAAAAGUGCGAUUUGGCGACGGAAACUCACAAAAGCCAACCAGUCAAAACAGCAGCAGCCACCUGCAACCCGCCUGAAGGCUACUCUUGACUUAAAUUUUUAAAAGCUUCCUCUGGAGUCACCUCAAUACCUUUCAAAAUCUCUUAUGACGCUGACAUGCACCAAUCCUGGCCCGGAGGUGUUUAUGGUUUUAUGCUGAUAACUCCCAUAAUUGAACUUGGUUUAAUUUGAACUCUUUGUGCUUGGUUCCUAGACAUGUAGGGGGUUGUCUUUUAACAAUUGCAUUCAAGUAACUGAAAAGAAAUCUCGAGCCUUUCUUUCCAGAGGUUCUUACCAGGCAGCUUGAGGGCUCAGUGAAGGAUGGGUCAAGCACAGAGCCCAGCUAGAAUGAGUGUGGGUACCGAACACGACGGGGGGGGCACUGAUCUGACUGGACCUCCAGCCUGGCGAUUGAGGGUCACAGCAGAGACCUGACUUGGAAACUUUGCUCCUCUGACGGUGAAACUCUCCCUCCCCCCACCCCUGCCUCGAGUGCCAGUUAGGAGUGAAGGCACGUCUCUCCCUCUAGAUAAAACGCAACAGCUGUAGGGAGAGCGAGAGAGCGAGUCUAUUUUUACCCUCCAUUCAGCUGGCCUGUGGAGUGCUUUCCUCGCCCCGACUUCUGACGGGAGAGCACCACUGUCCUUCCUGCUUCUAGACGUUCCUCGGGAACUCCGUGUGUUGUCAGGCCCACAGGAGAAACUUCUGGAAAAGCUCGGAGAGGAGCUCUUAACCGGCGCGGGGCUGCUCUCCCUAGGAAGACUGCAGAAGCGAGGUGGAUCACCUGUGAGAAGAGUAUGGCCGUCCUGUGCUACAACAAGGGCUGUGGGGAGAGGUUUAACCCAGAGGACAACUCGGACGAUGUGUGUCUCCAUCACCCUGGGGUCCCUAUAUUCCAUGAUGCCCUGAAGGGCUGGUCGUGCUGCAGGAAGAGGACCACUGACUUUUCAGAGUUCCUGUCUAUAAAGGGUUGUGCCCGGGGUCGUCAUAGCAACGUGAAGCCCCAGGAACCCCUGCGGCCAGAGGUGACGUCCAACAAAGCCGACGACCUCCGGCCCCACGCGGGGCAUGAGAUCAUCUUCACGGGGCCCAAGUCCGCAGAGGCGCUGAAGAAGGAGAGGCCGAGGUACUGUACUUAUCAGCCCCCUCUUUCACGAGACCCGGGCUUGCCUGCUGCCUUCCUGCUCCUCCCCUCCCUCACUCUCCCUCUUUCCUCUUUCUGUUCCGCAGACGGCGCAGGGGUGGCCCAGGGCACGAGGUGCAAGAACGCCGGGUGCAAAACGAUUUACGACGGCCCGAAGACAGACGCUGAGCCCUGCAACCACCACCCAGGGGUCCCCGUCUUCCACGAGGGUUACAAGUACUGGAGCUGCUGCUGCAUCAAAACGACCGACUUCAACGCUUUCCUGGACCAGAAGGGCUGCAGCACCGGCAAACACAGAUGGGUCCCCAGGCAGGACAAGAAGACCGUGGCGUGUCGGUAUGACUGGCAUCAGACAAGCAGCCAAGUGGUGGUCACAGUGUACGCCAAGAACACCAUGCCAGACCAGUCGUAUGUCGAAGCUAACCGCACUGUGAUGACGGUUCACAUCCAGUUUGAGGGUGAUAAAGUCUUUCACAAAGAGUUUCACCUGUGGGGGGUGGCCAACGUCGACCAGAGCUUCGCCAGCAUGGUGCCCAGCAAGGUGGAGGUGACCCUGCGCAAGGCGGACGCGGUGUCCUGGGCCAAGCUGGAGGACCCCCGGGCCGGGGCCGGGACCGAGCCCGCCCCCGAGGCGCAGGAGCAGGGCGAGAGCGAGGAGCAGAGCUACGACUGGGACAUCUCCGACGAUGACAUCAGCGACUCGGAGGAAGAGGAAGUGCGCGAAUAAGAGCCUCUGCCUUCCGCCAUUUUAUUUUUAUAUUCAUGUUUCUCACACUGGCAUCUAAAUUCAAGCUUGGUCACAUGUAUUUAUCUUUUACACACUAGUUAUGGGUUAAAAGUCUUAUUUAAAUCUAAUUCAAGGGCGUUUCCACAUCAUGGUUGGUAGUUUUGCACAAUACGUUCGCUCCUUAACUCUCUUAAGUUCCUGUAUUUCAAUAUUCUCGCCCUGCAUACUCACUAGAGACCAACACAUGGUUGAGCCAUUUUGCUCUUGGGGAAGGCACCGGCCUCUUCAACGUUACAUCGGCUUUCAUUUGAUAAAAUACUGACAUUCUGUAGGGUCUGUAUCUAAAUAAAUGAAUUAAUUCUGAAA